AUGUAUCGUGGCAGAGGGAGGGGAAACCCAUCGUGGAGAGGAGGCUUCCACCCUUCUGCAGAGUCCUCAAGAUCGCGAAAGUUCGCAACUACAAAGGACGACCAUAUGCAGACUGCUAAGUCUAUCAAGCAAGUCAGAGACAGAAAGCGUCGCGAAGCUGAGGAGGCCGAGUACCUUGGCCGUCCGCCACCUGGCAAAGAACUUAUCAAUGCAUCUAUUGUGCUGCCAGCAAAUGAACUAAUUCCCCGUGGGAUGGAUGAGCCCGAGGCACUUGACGGCAUUCGCAGGAAAUACCAAGUGUAUAUCACCCGCGAUGUGCCUCAUGUAGUUGACAUCCAUAGUGACUCCAUGCCUCGCCUCCAAAAGGCAUUUGAAGCAAUCAACUGGGCCAUUCGAGACAUGCGCCUAUCCGAGAACAGCGCUCCUGUGCGUUUCCUAGUACAGAAGCCUACAAAUGCUGUCGCCAGUGGCACAAUACGAGCUGAGCUUGGGGGGCGUCCUCACUUCCUCUUGACAAGUUCCAGUUUCAUCGACAAUUCAUCUGCCUUGGAUCAGCACUUGCCGCAGUUGGCUUCUGAGAUGGCAACGUCGGCAGAAGGCCUCAUGGCUCUCACCAAAACAAUGGGACUGCGAGUCAAUUUCGGGCAUCUCAUUAUCGGCCAAAGAAAGAAGGGGUCCCAGGAUGAGACCACAUAUCCUGAUUUUGCAAAACUCAUGGGCGAAUAUUCUUAUCGCGGGGGUGCUAACUUUGAGAACAAAAUCAUGAAUGCCGAGAAAGCUGAGCAGCUUUUACAGUUUAUCUUACGACCCUCCUCAGGCAUCUGCAAAGGUCUCGAGGAUAUCAGACGAGGUUGUGAAGUGACUAUUGUAGCCAACGGGCUAGAGGUCAAGACUGAAGCUGACUACCCUUCUCAUGGGCGUAUACAACUCACCAUGGUUCGAGCUACCAAGGCAGAAGCAUGGGCACGUUUGAACUGGACUGUUGCAGCCCCAGACAUGCAGUAUGAUUGGAACUUCCGUGUGGAUGCUUGGGACAAAGUGGACGUUCCGCUUGAGUUCAAUGAUCUCGCAAAAAGGGUAUUGCUCAAUAUCAGCCCAGAUGACGAUGCUCUUCUCCCAAUUCCCAGCGUCAAUACAGCUAAGCUUGCGAGUUUGGGUGAGAAAAUCACGCAGAUCCGUGCGAGAUCAUGGGUAAUUGUCCCAUUCAAGGAAUCAGACUACGUGCUCAGGAUCUACAUCACCAAAAGCUUGAAAGGACUUCGAACUUCUGAAGAACCGGAGGUCACCUGGGGUAUUGAAUUAUAUGCUCCUCACUGGGAGGAAAGUGUGAAUCACGCUAGCGGAGGGCGAAAAGACUGGGGGAAGGGGCUCGAGAAUAUUUGGAUGGAGGGUAAUGAUCUCAAGUCAAGGCUCAGAUGCUUCAUGCGGACCAUAUUGGAGGUCCAAGCCCUCCUGAACAAAGCGCAUGCCGAUGCUACCCCAUGA